AGAGGCCCGAGCCAAGAAGAGAACCAGACAGACCCCUGUGAGAAAAUCUACCAGAGGGAAAAAAGCUGAGAGAGAAGAAGAGAAGGAACCGGCUGAUUCUGACGGACCACCUCCCACCUCACUCGAUCCAUCGACAUCGUCAAGCAGCAGCCAGCAGGAGAUCCAGAAGGCAGAGGUGGAAGAAGCGAGCUGUGCUGACAUUGAUGCCUCCUCUGCUGGGCAGGACCUGCAGCCUGAGCACCCUGAGGACCAGAGUCUGGAGAGAUGUGUGGAGGAAGGAGAGGAGAGCAGGGUGGACAUUAAAGUCAUGAGUAAAAGGAGGAGGGAGCUCAUCGAACCCGAAGCAAAGAGAUCUCGUUCUCAGUCUCCUUUGUGUUGCUGCUGACUUCAAACUGCCGCCGUUCAACCCCAGCAACCCCCUCGGUCGGGAGUUUGUGGUUCCUAAAUCGGGGUAUUUCUGUAACCUCUGCUCUGUUUUCUACCUGAACGAGAGCACAGCCAAGGACCUCCACUGCAGCAGCCAGAGACACUACGACAACCUGCAGAAACAUUACCAGAAGCUGCGACAGAAAUCAUUGAGAAGUUCAACACUGAGUUCUCAAGGCUCCGUUUCUGAUUGAUCCAGACUUCAGCUUCUGAUCUUCUUUUAUUUAUUUUUUAAAAUAAAAAUGUGACAAAGUUCCCUGUUGUGUGAUAGAUGACAAGAUAAGUGACUGCAUAUAAGUGCUGGUCUUUGUCCUGGGUUUUCUGCCGCUGCACAGGAAAGCUGAGGCUUCAUGCUGACUGGUUAUCAUCAACAUCUCCAUCAUGAAAACACUGGCCGUGUCUGCACUUGUUUGUGCCCUGAUUGCUCUGACCAGAGCUGCUGAGGCAGAGGCCAGAAAGGAUUUAGCAGUAAAAAGUCUCCUGGUCAAGAGGGCAGCGUCUUGUCCUCCUCGCUGGUCUGAGUACAAUGGCCGUUGUUUCUCCUACAUUCCAAGAGCCAUGACUUGGGCUAAAGCUGAGAAAAACUGUCUGUCCAUGAAUGCAAACCUCGCAUCUGUACAUAACCUAGAGGAGUACCAUGAGAUUCAACGGGUGAUAAUGACCACUAGUUAUGAGUAUAAAGAAUCGUGGCUUGGAGGCUCUGAUGCACAAGAGGAGGGGGUUUGGUUGUGGAGUGACGGUUCACGUUUCGACUAUCUGAACUGGUGUCCUGGACAACCUGACAACCGAUACGGUGGCCAGAAUUGUUUACAAAUGAACUUUGGAGGUGAAAAGUGUUGGGAUGAUACCGCGUGUAACAUUCGUCGCCCAUUCGUCUGUGCCAAGAAAAUCUGAUGAUUCCUGGGCUGACAGAGGUGUGAAGUAUAUGUCAGAGCACAAACACAAACACUGUGUUUGUGUCAUCAGUCUCCUAUAACAUGAAAUCUCUGUAUCUUCUUUUAUAACUUUCUUUCUGUCGCUGUAACGCUACUUAAGGAAUGAAGCAACAAGUGACAUAAACAGGAGCUGGACUGUCUCUUAGACUUUUUUAAGAGCAAAAUGAACAGGUUAAGUAAAGAAUGCUUUAAGCACCUUGUUAUUGAGAGUGAAUUGUUCUUUCUUUAUGUAAAAUUAAAAGGCUCAAACACUGA